GUGCCGACGCGGCGGCCGGCCGCGGCGACAUGGCUUCGGAGCAGGACGUGCGCGCCCGGCUGCAGCGCGCCGGCCAGGAGCACCUCCUGCGCUUCUGCGCCGAGCUGGCGCCGGGGCCGCGCGCCGCGCUGCUGGCGGAGCUGGCGGCCCUGGAGCCCGAGGCGCUGCGCGAGCACUGCCGGCGCGCGGCCGCGGCCUGCGCGCGCCCCCCGGGCCCGGCGCCCGACCUGGCCGCGCGCCUGCGGCCCCUGCCUCCCGAGCGCGUGGGCAGCGCGUACCGGGGCGACGCCGGGAUGCGGCGGCUCUGGGAGUCGGAAGGUUUCCACCAGAUCUCCCGGAACAAGGUGGCUGUGCUGCUGCUUGCUGGUGGGCAGGGCACUCGCCUCGGUGUGACCUACCCCAAGGGCAUGUAUCAGGUGGGGCUGCCCAGCCAGAAGACGCUGUAUCAGCUGCAGGCAGAACGGAUCCGGCGGGUCGAGCAGCUGGCUGGCGAGCGCCACGGAACCCGCUGCGUUGUACCCUGGUACAUCAUGACGAGUGAGUUCACGCUGGGGCCCACCGUCAAGUUCUUCAAGGAGCAGGACUUCUUCUGUCUGGACCCCAACAAUGUGGUCAUGUUUGAGCAGCGUAUGCUGCCUGCAGUGACUUUUGAUGGCAAGGCCAUCCUGGAGCGAAAAGACAAGGUUGCUCUGGCCCCAGAUGGCAAUGGGGGCCUGUACUGCGCGCUGGCAGACCACCAGGUCCUAGAGGACAUGGAGCGCCGAGGGGUGGAGUUUGUGCACGUGUACUGCGUAGACAACAUCUUGGUGCGGUUGGCCGACCCUGUUUUCAUUGGCUUCUGCGUGCUGCAGGGCGCAGACUGUGGGGCCAAGGUGGUGGAAAAGGCAUACCCUGAGGAGCCGGUGGGCGUGGUGUGCCAGGUGGACGGUGUCCCACAGGUGGUGGAGUACAGUGAGAUCAGCCCUGAGACCGCGCAGCUUCGUAGGCCUGAUGGCAGCCUGCUCUACAGCGCAGGCAACAUCUGCAACCAUUUCUUCACUCGGGGCUUCCUCCAGACGGUCACCAGGGAGUUCGAGCCCUUGCUGACGCCACACGUGGCUGUGAAGAAGGUCCCGUACGUGGAUGAGGAGGGGAAUCCGGUAAAGCCGAUAAAACCAAACGGGAUAAAGAUGGAGAAGUUUGUGUUUGAUGUGUUCCAGUUUGCUAAGAACUUUGUGGCCUUUGAAGUGCUGCGGGACGAGGAGUUUUCUCCUCUGAAGAAUGCUGACUCGGCCGACAGGGACACGCCGUCCACGGCCCGGCGCGCCCUGCUAGCUCAGCACUAUCGGUGGGCCCUGCAGGCAGGCGCCCACUUCCUGGAUGCACACGGGGUUCAGCUUCCAGAGAUGCCCAGCCUGCCCAGCAGUGCAGAGCCCCCAGCUGUCUGUGAGAUCUCACCUCUGGUGUCCUACUCUGGAGAGAUGCGCUUCUCUCUGAGGUCGCCUGCACUUUCUAAGUAA